UAGUAUCAGGGGGAGUGCGCAAUUACGCAUAACCAGAGAGAACGUUAGGUCAUUCCAGAAUUACAAUUGGUUAUUAAUAUAAGCAUCGUAAAAUCGCAAUAUUUUUGAUCGUGGAUUUUUACUCGUGUGCGUGAAGAAUGACUGCUGAAGUCCAGCAGCCCUCCGUCCAGACCCCUCCUCACAGUAGCCCGAUGACGGAGAAACCACACGGACAGACGCCUGUGAUGGAGACCUCCUCUUCCUCCUCCAGCACCAAAACAAAAAAAACGAACGCUGGAAUCCGUCGUCCUGAAAAGCCCCCGUACUCUUACAUCGCUCUCAUUGUCAUGGCCAUCCAGAGCUCUCCAACCAAACGACUGACUCUGAGCGAAAUUUACCAGUUCCUUCAGAGCCGCUUCCCGUUUUUCAGAGGCUCGUAUCAAGGCUGGAAAAACUCGGUGCGUCACAAUCUGUCUCUGAACGAGUGCUUUAUCAAGCUGCCCAAGGGUCUAGGCAGACCUGGGAAGGGUCACUACUGGACCAUCGACCCGGCCAGUGAGUUCAUGUUCGAGGAGGGAUCUUUCCGCAGGAGGCCGCGGGGAUUCAGGCGCAAAUGUCAGGCGCUCAAACCUUCCAUAUACAGCAUGAUGAACGGGCUGGGAUUCAAUCACAUUCCCGAGUCCUAUAACUUUCAGGGGGGCGGCGGGGGCCUGUCUUGUCCUCCAAACAGUUUACCUUUGGAGAGUGGGAUUGGGAUGAUGAAUGGACAUUUGGCCAGCGAUAUGGAAGGAAUGGGCUUGGCAGGACACUCCAUGUCCCAUUCAUCAACGAAUAGUGGACAUUCCUACAUGGGCAUUUGCACGGAAUCCUCGGGGAGUGAAUACAACCACUACGACAACUCUGCAUCGCCGCUUCUAGCCAGCGGGGGAGUGAUGGAGCCGCAUGCCGUGUAUUCUAGCACAGCCUCGGCCUGGCCUCCAGCGCCCCCGGCCUCUCUAAACAACGGGGCGUCUUACAUCAAACAGCAGCCGCUCUCUCCGUGCAACCCUGGGACCAAUCCGCUGCAGCCCAGUUUACCCACACACUCACUGGAACAGUCCUACCUGCACCAGAAUGGCCAUGGAACCACCGACCUUCAAGGUAUACCGCGCUAUCAUUCCCAAUCUCCCAGCAUGUGUGACAGGAAAGAGUUUGUCUUCUCUUUUAACGCCAUGACCUCUUCAUCGAUGAAUUCACCAGGGAGUAGCUCGUACUACCACCAUCAGCAGGUCUCCUAUCAGGACAUCAAACCCUGUGUGAUGUGACAGCAUUGUUGCAUGCAGCUACUGCAACGACGUGCAACAGUGUAAAUAGACCUAAAUGCGACAUGGAGUGGUCUGUAAAUGGCAAAUGUAAAUUUUGGAAAGAGAUAUGGAUACGGAAUUAAGAAUUAGCGUUUAUUACUAAUCAGAACUUGGCAAUGGAAAGGAGUUGUUAGUAAACUACAAACUCAAUAGAGGAGCACUUCAGAAAGGCCGAUUCGCUACUUCUAGAGAUUUCAAAAUGGAAAAA